AGUCUGCCCCAGGCUUGCGUCUUCCAGGUCUAUAACUUCAGGUCCUCCUGUCCCAGCUGGCCUCCAGCCUGGAGUUUCUGAACUUGCCUGUGGCAGCAUCUAAAGAUAGUCUACCUCACAGGAAACCAAAUACUAUUGGCUAACUUUGCAAUUAAAGAUGCUCUCAGAGGGAAGGAAAGGGAAAUACUCUCUGGCAGAGUCUGCGUGGGACAGGGCGGCUGACUGGCAUAUCCAGAGGUUCCCUUCCCAGGUCCAGCCCAGGUGCUCACCAUGCCCACCAUCUCCCCUGAAUCAAGUUUAGAAGACUUUGAGUAUGAUGAGCUUGCAGAAGCCUGUGAUAUGGGGGACAUCGUGGCCUUGGGAACUGUCUUCCUGGCCAUACUCUACUCCCUUAUCUUUGCCUUUGGCCUGGUGGGAAAUUUGCUGGUGGUGUUUGCCCUCACCAACAGCCAGAAGCCCAAAAGCAUCACUGACGUUUACCUCCUGAACCUGGCCUUUUCUGAUCUGCUCUUUGUAGCCACCUUGCCCUUCUGGACUCACUAUCUUAUAAACGAGCAAGGCCUUCAUAACGCCGUGUGCAAACUCACCACCGCCUUCUUCUUCAUCGGGUUUUUUGGAGGCAUAUUCUUCAUCACCAUCAUCAGCAUCGACAGGUACUUGGCCAUUGUCCUGGCCGCCAACUCCAUGAACAACCGGACUGUGCAGCAUGGCGUCACCAUCAGCCUUGGCGUCUGGGCAGCCGCCAUCUUGGUGGCUGCACCCCAGUUCAUGUUCACCAAACAGAAAGAAAACGAAUGCCUUGGUGACUACCCUGAGGUCCUACAGGAAAUCUGGCCUGUGCUCCGCAACGUAGAAAUGAAUUUUCUUGGCUUCCUGCUCCCCCUGCUUAUUAUGAGUUACUGUUACUUCAGAAUCAUGCGGACACUUUUUUCCUGCAAAAACCAAAAGAAAGCUAAAGCCAUUAGGCUGAUCUUUCUUGUGGUCAUCAUGUUUUUCCUCUUCUGGACACCUUACAACGUCAUGAUUUUCUUAGAGACACUCAAUCUCUAUGACUUCUUUCCCAACUGUGACAUGAAGAGGGAUCUGAGGUUGGCCCUCAGUGUGACCGAGACAGUUGCAUUUACCCACUGUUGCCUUAAUCCCCUUAUCUAUGCAUUUGCUGGAGAGAAGUUCAGAAGAUACCUUUACCACCUGUACAGGAAAUGCCUGGCUGUCCUGUGUGGCCACCCCGUCCACGUCAGUUUCUCCCUGUCCCCGUCUGAAUCACAAAGGAGCAGGCGAGAAAGUAUUCUGAGCAGCAAUUUCACUCAUUACACCAGUGAUGGAAAUACAUCCAUCCUCCUCUGAAAGCCUUGUCUCUCCAGCAAGCCUGGAGUUUCUGAGACUGACACUGAAUAAUUAGGACAGAUUUUUAAAUUUCUUACAUGCAAGAAACAAUGGGUUUGAUGCCCAAAAGCAAUCCUGAAAGUAUUUUUGAGAAUUGUGCUCAAAAUCUGAAUGAUAAAGGACAGGCAUGUUUCUUAUUGCCAAUGUCAAGAGUUUCUUGUUUACAAAUUACAAAAAUUCAACGCAGAUUAAUUUAGCCUGAAAAGAGGCAGUAUCAUUCACAUUGUAACAUGGGCAAGGGGGUGGCGAAUCCUCAGAGUGAGUGAAAACUAGAGAUUGAAUCUAGCUAGAACUUCCUCUCUCUGACUCUCAAAUCUCUGAGUGGUAACAGAGAUCCCAGACUCACAUAACACAGUUUUGUCAUCAGAGAGGGAAUGAGACCUAUAUCCCUCUGAUCCCAAGGUCAAAAUUCCCAGGGAAGGGCUCUGAUUGGCCAAGUUUGUAUCAGAUUCUCAUCCUUGGACCAGGUGGCAGUAUCCACAGGGAAGACAUAGAUAAGAUGGCAGCUCCCAUUCCAAUCUUGUGGUUGGAGAUGCGUGAAGACAUAUUUCCAAGAAGCUGGAGGGGUGGGUGCUGCUUUGAUCAGAUACAACAAGAGUUGCCCACCAACUUUACCUGCGUCUAGCCCAGCCCCACCCUGAUCAUACCAGCCAGCACACACCACCAACCUCUUCGCCAUUAAACCCCCUCUGUCAUGUCCCCAAACAUACAAAGGUUCCCCAGCACCUACUGCAUCAAGUCCAAGCUCAAAUGCCUGGCCUCUGACACCCUCCGUCAUGUGGUUCCACCAACAGAUUUGCCAGUACCUCCUCUUCACAAAGGACUCCAGCCACCUUGUCAGUCAGGUCUCUUCAAUCCAGCCACAUGCGUCGCCACCUGCUCCAGAGCCCAGGGGGAUAAACAGAAAAAACAGUGGCCCAUCUGAGAAGGCAUGGUUUCUAGUCCCAACUCUAUCACUUAUCUGCUGGGUAAUUUGGGGCCAACUGAACUUCAGUUUCCUCAUCUGCAGAAUGGAGAUAACAGAACUUUUCAUGUAGGAAGCAUCCUUUCCAGCAUGAGGAACCAGCCUCUAACUCUUGCAGGUUCCAACCCUCUUGUCUGGUUCCCAGACUUCAGCUUUUCCUCCACCUGGCACCGUGCUUAAGUGGUGCUGUUGACAGAGCCUGGAAGGGCCUUGCGGGCUCUGCUGCGUGAUGUAGCUCAGACACAGAGGAGGCUGGCUCCUACAGUGGCGCUCAAUGGACACUUGUAGAUAUACAGGUUGAUAGCCUUUCCUGACCCAACCCUCCCGGACUGCCUGGAACAUUUCCUCCCAAUCAACUGGUGGCAACCCCAUCUGGAGAGAACCCCAUCAUUCAUGCCACUGCCAACCUGGACAGCCAGGGUCCCAGGAGCAGUUUUCCCUUUCUCAGUAAACAUUUGGGAUGGACUGAAAUUUUAAAGCUUGAAAAACAAUUGUGAUGAUGCUAAAGAAAAUAUAAUCUACCCACACAGUAUCUUCAUCUGCCCACCAGACCUCAUUCACACCCUCAUGUGUUUCGAGUUGCAAUCAUAAUGUACAGACAGUUUUAUAAUCUGCUUUUUUUUUUUUUUUGCGGUACGCAGGCCUCUCUCUGUUGUGGCCUCUCCCGUUGCGGAGCACAGGCUCCGGAUGAACAGGCUCAGCGGCCAUGGCUCACGGGCCUAGCCGCUCCGCGGCACGUGGGAUCUUCCCAGACCGGGGCACGAACCUGUGUCCCCUGCAUCGGCAGGCGGACUCUCAACCACUGCGCUACCAGGGAAGCCCGUAUAAUCUGCUUUUUUUUUCUCUUAACAUUAGGCCACAAAUAGCCUUCUGUUUCUAUAUAGUUUUGUAAUAUUUCAGAAGACUCUGCCAGGUUGUGUACUCAUUGAAGGCGUCUGACUCCUUCUAUUUCUCACUCCUUGGCAGUCAGUAUAUUUGUUUAACCAAUGACAGAAUGAAUUAUGUUCCAUCAAGAUCAUGUACUGUAACUUACUCAUCAUUACCCUAUUAAUAAACAUUUCGCUUGUUUCCAAUAUUUACCAAACACAUAUUUUACAGCACUUUUCUGUAUAAUUUCCUUUCUCGUCUCCAAUUACUUCCUUUGGAUAAAUUUCUUGCCAUGGGGAUAACUGGGCCAAAGGGCCUGGGAACUUUUUAGCUUUUGACACAUACAUAUGAAACUAAUACACUGCAAAACCUUUAUUGAGCAUAUAUUACAUGCAACAUGGGAGCUCAGAUCCAGAGCUGUUGCAAAGAUCAGUGCGAUAAGGCCUUCGCCUUCAAUGUUUAAGAGGUGCUUAACAUUUAAAUGCAGAACUCAGAAAUUUACAAAAAAAAGCAUGCUCUGCAUUAAUUGGUAACACAAGAGCAGUGACAUCUGACCUGAGUCUUUAAGGAUCUUAGGACCCUAAUCUUAGGACAUCUGACCUGAGUCUUAAGAUCUUAAGAUCUUAAGGGAAAUGUCUGAGAAAUUGAAAGGCAUUGGGAAUAGAGUGGUGGGAAGCUUCUGAAGCUUUGGCUCAGACAACCAAUGGAAGAGGGUGUUCUCGGG